AUGCAAUCAUCAACAGCAAUCACGGAUGCAGUUAUUUUAAAUAAUCGCAAUGAUGAAUCAAUGAUAUGGACUGUAUUUCGUAAAAUGUUAUUUUUUACAAUAUUAAUGAUGGUUGCACCAUUAAGCUCAUAUUUUGCAUCUAAAGAAUAUAUAUUCGAAGGUUUAAUGAAGAUGUCAAAUCGCACUAGUUACAUUUAUUCAGUUAUUGUUGCUGUUGUUGUCAUACAUAUUAUACUUGUUGCUUUUCUCAUUGUGGCAUUUCGUGAAGAGGAACCAUCGAAGAAGAAACUGGAGAAAAAAGAUUAA